AUGACAACAAGAGUACAAACAACUUCAGGGGGCAAACCAUCAACGUUGGAUGUUGAUUAUGCUGCAGCCGAAAUUCUUGCUAUCAAUGCCUGCCAUUAUGUUCGUUUUGCUCAAGACAAACCAGUCUUAAAAUUGUAUAACUUUUAUUAUUCAAUCUAUUGGUAUUGGAUAGUAUGGUUUGCUGAUGUUGCUUUACUUAUAUUACCUUGUAUUGAGCGACCAGCUUAUUUUACGUCAGUACCUACAUGGGUUGCAUUGAUUUUUGAGAUCCUUGCUUUAUCCAUACUUCUUGCAUCGUUUAUAAUAUCAAUGCAUUUACAAAAUAAACGAAAAUUAUUACACGAAGCGGUUUAUCCAUAUGUAUUUUCAGUCGUUUUUAUUUUAUCAAUUAUUGAUAUGAUUAUUUAUUAUAUAUUAAUAUCAAAUACUCAUCGAUAUAUUCGAUGGUCACGACCACUUCGUGUUCUUUUUCCAUUCGCAUUACAAACUGGUCAAAAUAUUCGUCGUGUUAUACGAAAUAUUCUACGAACAUUACCAAACAUAGCCAAUGUUAUGUUUCUUUUCUUACUUUCAGUAUUAACAUUUACUCUACUCGGUGUUGGUAUUUUAAAAAAUAAAAAACUAACAUAUCCAAAUGGAAAUGAAUAUUUUACAUAUUAUCUUGAUACAGCUUGGGAUUUAUAUGUACUUACAACAACAGCAAAUAAUCCAGAUGUUAUGAUGCCAGCAUUUAAUAAUAGUAUACUAUAUGUGAUUUUUUUUAUGGCUUAUCUAUUAGUCAAUCUAUAUUUAUUCAUGAAUUUACUUUUGGCUGUUAUUUUUUCCAAUUAUAAACAACAAUUACAGGAAGAACAACAAGUAAUUCGUAAACGUCAAUUAGAUACUGUUCUGGUUAUAUUUGAACGUUUAUCAUCGGAUAGUUCAGCGAAUCGUAUAUCCUAUGAAACUUAUACUCGUUUAAUGCAUGCUAUUAAAUCUGAUAUUACAGAUAAUAUAGUAGAAGCUUAUUGGAAAACAUUAAAUAUUCCUAAUAAUGAAGAUGGAUUAAGUUUAACAAAAUUUACUGAAUUAUUAUUUAAUCUUAAUUUUGAUUUGAGACAACGAAGUUCUGAACAAACAAUUCUUCAAAAAAAAUGUCCAUCGAUAUAUAAUUCGAAACCAAGUCGAGUUAUUAUUGAUUUUGUUAAUACCGGUCUUUUUCGAGCUAUUAUCAAUUUAUUAAUUAUUGCAAAUGCUAUAUGUUUAGCAGCAAGUUAUAAUGAUUUAGAAUGGUUCUUUUUAGCUUCAUUUGUUGUUGAAGCUCUAUUAAAAAUGUAUGCAAUUGGUGUAAAAGAAUAUUUCCAUCAUCGAUGGAAUAUUUUUGAUUUUACAAUUGUGUUUGUAUCAACAACUUAUAGUCUUCUAGCAGCUUUUGUUACAAAUUUAAGCCUUAAUAAAGAUGUUCUCGAUGCAAUUUUAGUUAUUCGUAUAUUACGUCUUGUUAAACUUGUUGGAAAUAUUGAAAGAUUUAAAGUUAUUUUUGGAACAUUUUCAAAAGUUAUACCAACAUUGAUAACUUAUCUUCGAGUUAUGUUUGUAGGGAUGGAAAUAUUUCAAUAUAGAAUAUCUUAUAUAGAUGCAAAUACAACAUUAGCUUUAGCUUGUAAUGAUACUCGACUUAUUAAUUCAGAAUUUGCUCGAAGUCAAUAUUGUCGAAAUAAUUUUAAUGAUUAUUUUUCAUCAUUGAUUGUUCUUUUUGAAUUAACUGUUGUUAAUCAAUGGCAUGUAUUGGCGUCUGGUUUUGUUUUGGUGACAACGAAAGUGGCACGUCUUUUCUUUCUUGCGUUUCAUUUAAAUGCUGUUAUUGUAGUACUCAAUAUAUUUACUGCUUUUGUUAUUGAUUCAUUUCUUAAUCAGUAUAUAUUAUCACAAAGUAAAAAAUUUCCUUGGGUUGAACAAGAAAAUAUUAUUGCGGAAAGAUUGACAGAACAAGGUUAUCGAAUUAUUCGAAGAUUUGAAAAAGAAAAUAAAUCAGAAGAAGAAGAAGCAGUAGCUAAGAAAAAAUUCAAUUUAAAAAAAUCGUUACAUAAUUUUGUACAACCAUCGAUUUAUCGUCGUAUGACAGUUGUUCUUCAAUCCAUGGGUGAAGACGAACGUGCUCUACUUCUUCGUUGGUCGGGUAAUGUCGACCUUGAUCCAGAUGCUUUGUUACAUUUAACUGACAAUACAUCUUAA